UUGUUAUCUAUAGAAACUGAAAUUCUAUGUAUCUAGAAGCUUAUAAAAAACACACAUUGCUGAAAUGCCCAUAGCGCACUUUUCUGACUUGCUUCCGUGUCACCGUUCCGGUAUCUUUAUCCAUCCAUUUCAGAUCCCAAUGCCUCUCCUCCCUUCUUCCUAUCUCUUGUUUUCAUUCCAUUUUUCCAUUUCAAUUCAUAUAUUCAACGCAGACUCUCGUUCUCGCUAGGCCUUCUCUUCUUUCUUUGGCUUAGCGGGAACAUUUCUUCUUUUCAUUUUAUUUAAUUUAUUUUUCUUAAAUAUUAUUUCUUGUUCAUUGCUAUUUGAUCCAUUUCUGAUAUUUCGCAUCUCAGGAAAAUUGACAAUUCAUUCGUUCUUAUCUUAAAAUUUUGCAAAGAAGAUCUGAAUUCACUCAAAUUUGAUUGCAUCUGAACGAAAUUAAAUUAAAUAUAAAGUGAUGCAUGAUCUACCUAUUUACAUGUAAUAUAUGCCCUUGCUGAAUCUGUUGGUUGUUCUUCCAUUUGAUUGUACUCCUUCUUUGGAGUGAUCCAUUUAAUUUUUCUUUGGUCCAUAAGACAUACUUAAUUGCCAAAACACCUUCAUUUUCAGAGAACUCUUGGAGGGUUACUUGGUCCCUUCAGAGUUUUCAGUUGUGAGAAGAAAAAGAGAGAGCCCUUACUUUUAGGUUUUGAUCAAAGGGAUGGAUCGUAUAAGUAAUGAGGCUACUGUUGAGGUUUUCCCAAUUGGCCCUGCGACCAUUUUUGGCAGAGCAAUUGCAUUUAGGGUUCUUAUGUGCAAAUCUAUGUCACAUUUGAGGCAUCAGCUACUAUUGAUAUUGGUGGAUACCUUCCGAAGGGUUAGGGGAUUUUGGGUACCAGUUAUAUCAUCAUUUCAUCCUAGGAAUCCUCAGGGGUUAUUAGCAAUGAUCACAAUUGUUGCAUUCUUGUUGAGACGGUAUGCGAGUGUGAGGGUAACGGCCGAGUUGGCCUAUAGAAGGAAAUUCUGGAGUAAUAUGAUGCGAGCCGCGUUGACUUAUGAGGAAUGGGCUCAUGCAGCUAAGAUGCUUGAUAAAGAGACACCAAGGAUGAAUGAAGAGGACCUGUAUGAUGUAGAAUUGGUGAGCAAUAAGCUUCAAGAGCUUCGCCAGCGCCGGCAUGAGGGAUCUCUAAGGGAUAUUAUAUUUUGUAUGAGAGCUGAUCUUGUUAGAAAUCUAGGUAAAUGUAAUCCUGCUCUCCAUAAAGGCAGGCUUCAGGUGCCGAGAUUGAUCAAGGAGUACAUUGAUGAGGUAUCAACUCAGUUGAGAAUGGUGUGUGACUCUGAUUCGGAGGAGCUUUCAUUGGAAGAGAAGCUCGCAUUCAUGCACGAAACGAGACAUGCGUUUGGGAGGACGGCUUUGCUGUUAAGUGGGGGUGCUUCCCUUGGAGCUUUUCAUGUUGGUGUUGUGAAAACUCUGGUAGAACAUAAACUUAUGCCUAGGAUAAUUGCUGGUUCAAGUGUAGGAUCGAUUAUAUGUGCUGUAGUUGCCACUAGAUCUUGGCCUGAGCUUCAAAGCUUUUUUGAGGAUUCGUUACACUCAUUGCAGUUUUUCGAUCAAAUGGGUGGGAUUUUUAGUGUUGUGAAGAGGGUCACAACAUUAGGUGCAGUUCAUGAGAUCAGACAGUUGCAAAUGAUGUUGAGGCAUCUAACCAGCAAUCUUACAUUUCAAGAAGCUUAUGACAUGACGGGUCGCAUUCUUGGAAUUACUGUUUGCUCUCCAAGAAAGCAUGAGCCACCUAGAUGCCUUAACUACUUGACUUCACCUAAUGUUGUAAUAUGGAGUGCGGUCACUGCUUCUUGUGCCUUUCCUGGGCUUUUCGAGGCACAGGAAUUGAUGGCGAAGGAUAGAAGUGGACAGAUUGUACCUUACCAUCCUCCAUUUAAUCUGGGUCCUGAAGAGGGAUCAUCAUCAGCACGGCGAUGGAGGGAUGGUAGCUUGGAGAUGGAUUUGCCAAUGAUGCAGUUGAAAGAGUUGUUCAAUGUCAAUCAUUUUAUAGUUAGUCAGGCCAAUCCUCAUAUUUCACCAUUGUUGAGGAUGAAAGAGUUUGUGCGAGCUUACGGAGGUAACUUCGCUGCCAAGCUUGCUCAUCUUGUGGAGAUGGAGGUGAAACAUAGAUGUAAUCAGAUACUUGAACUCGGAUUUCCCUUAGGUGGAAUUGCCAAGCUGUUUGCUCAAGAGUGGGAGGGUGAUGUAACUGUUGUUAUGCCUGCAACUCUUGCUCAGUACUCGAAAAUUAUACAGAAUCCUUCAUAUAUGGAACUUCAAAAGGCAAACAACCAAGGGAGAAGAUGCACCUGGGAGAAGCUUUCAGCCAUAAAAGCUAAUUGCGGAAUUGAGCUUGCUCUUGAUGAGUGUGUUGUAAUGCUCAAUCAUAUGAGAAGACUCAAACGAAGUGCUGCAAGAGCGGCGGCUGCUGUUUCUUCUCAAGGUUCCGGUUUUCCCCCAGCUGUCAAGUUCUGUGGUGCAAAAAGAAUUCCUUCAUGGAAUGUUAUUGCACGAGAAAAUUCAACAGGAUCCCUUGAAGAUCUUAUUCUAGGUGCUAACGGUCCCAAUGAAACCUCCGGUAAAAAUUGGAAGUCCAACCGUAGCGCAUAUGAUGGAAGUGACUGCGAAUCUGAAUGUAGUGACUCAAAUUCUUGGACAAGAACUGGGGGGCCUUUAAUGAGAACUACUUCGUCCAAUCUGUUCAUUGACUUCGUCCAGCACUUAGAAAUCGAUAUUGAACCAAGUUCAAGCAUGCCAGGUCGUACUACGCCUCACGAUUUUCAAUAUCACAGUCCCAGGGUGACAACACCGGAUAGGAGCUCCCCAGAAUCUGACCAGAGGGAAAACGGCAACAAGGUUUUCACGAACGGAUCUAGCAUAAUGGUAACUGAAGGCGAUCUUUUGCAGCCUGAAAGGAUCCAUAAUGGGAUUGUGUUCAAUGUUAUCAAGAAAGAAGACUUGUCACCUUCAAGUAGGAGUCAUGAUAGUUUUAGCAAUGAAGUCGCCGAGUCUGUCCAAAUUUAUUGUCCAGGGAAGGAGAUGGACACUGCUAGCACAGUUUCUGAUUCCGAAAAUGGCGACAAUGAAACAAUUCUCCCAGACAACAACUCCGAAGUUGAUUCCAGUGCCGAUUUGGGUAAGGAUAAAACCGUUGCUGACCGUUAACUGUUGGCAAUUUUCCCUGGUGACUUCAAUACUUCGAUGCUAUUGAAUGUAGAUUGUUGAUAGCAUGAAAUUUGGUCUUGCCAAGGAAAAUAUUUACUUACCCUUAUAAGUUAUGUGUUCUUAGUGUAGAUCAUUACUCCCACUUAUGAAAAUAUCUUCACGCCAAAGAUUUGUUUACUGUUGUAUUUUGACGGGUAUAUGUAUAGCUGUUAAUCAAGGUUACUCAGAUAUGCAGCGAAAGUAAAAAGGGGUUUCUUUAUCGUACAAGUGCAUUCCUUUUUCUAACUUAAAAUUUGCAGCAGUAGCCAGUUACAUAAGCAAAUGAAUGAAAUAAUAUAUC